AUGGACUCUUUCGAGCCGUUUACUCUCAUCACGGAGACCGGUGGGUCUGGGCCGGAAUUCUUCCACCCAUACCUUGAUCGUACCUCCGCAAGAGUUGCUGAUAUCCAGACACAUCUCCUCACAGAUCUGAGAAAGCAGUAUCCAGAGCUCAUCAUCACUAUCGUUCCGGCAAAUAAUGUCAAUUUCCUACAGUUUGCUGCUGCUGGAUAUGCUCAAACUGAGCUUGAUCUUGACGACGAGCCCAUUGUCAGGUGGAGAGGCUAUAGCCCGCCGCCGACUCGACAUGCACACGGCACGCUAGCAGAGUCGCGAUUUUUCGCCAAGUAUCGGUAUGCCUGGAAUGACGAGCAUUUUAUCCUGUACAGCGUUGUUGUCGGCAUGACGCAGCUGCAGUACAUCCUGAUAGAGCCACGCGCAGAUGAAACAACGUUGUCCAACUCUGCCAUUACUGACGAACUUAUAUCAACGAUAGGAAAAUGGUACACAAGAGAUGAGGACGUUAUCUACGUUUAUGAUGGAUAUUGGUCUGCCUCAAAGGAACUGUGGGAGCAAGUCCAGAAAGCGUCCUGGAAUAGAGUAAUCCUGGAUCCCAAAAUGAAGAAGGAUCUCACGGAAGUCAGCGGAAAGUUCUUUGACAAUAAAGCGGUCUACGAAGAAUACGGAGUACCUUGGAAGCGUGGUCUCAUAUUUCAUGGACCUGUUGGCAAUGGCAAAACCAUAUCCAUCAAGGCCUUGAUGCACACACUAUACCAGCGCAGGCAGAAGAUCCCAUCGCUCUAUGUGAAGAGUGCACCUCAGACCUACAGUAUUCGGACCGUAUUUCAAUUCGCCCGGUCCAUGGCACCUUGUCUUCUGGUUCUGGAGGAUAUCGAAACCAUCGUGACCCCCGCGACAAGAUCUUACUUCUUCAAUGAAGUUGAUGGGCUGGAGGAUAACGACGGCAUCUUGAUGAUCGCCACCACGAACUAUCUUGAUCGUCUGGACCCAGGAUUAUCGAAGCGCCCUAGCCGAUUCGAUAGAAAGUACCUGUUUCCCUUGCCCAGUCUGGACGAGCGUGUACUAUACUGCAGGUAUUGGCAAAGUAGGCUUGCCGGAAAAUUGAAUGUCGACUUUCCCGAAGCUCUGUGCCGACCGAUCGCGGAGUUGAUGGAUGAUUUCUCAUUCGCGUACAUGCAAGAAGCGUUUGUGGCGACGUUGCUCGUCCUUGCAAGAGGACAUGAGCCCGGCGCAAAUUUCAUGGGGGCUCUGGGGGCUGAGAAACAUGAUCCAGAUGGCUAUGAGUUCUAUGUACUUAUGAAGGACCAGGUUGCAAUCCUCCGUCACGACGUGGGAAGCUCCCCCUUGACGGUGUCGAGCAAUUUGGUUCCGGAGCAUUCUCGUGCCGAGAUUUGUUCGUCGAAUGAACGCCCGAAGAAUCAUGUUGGGCAAAUGCGAAGGCAGGAAGUACACGAGAUAUUGGCGACGGGUAGUUCUCAACUCCUGCCUGCGAUGCAAGCUGAGGAGAGCGUCGGUGUGCUGUCCCAAGGUCUUCCGACCCGACAUUAG